UUUAAUAUUCUUAACAAAUAUCAUUUUCACAUAACAAAUUUAUAUAUUUUAUAUACUAUUUUUAAGAGACUUCCUAAAUGCUCCAUAUUGCUGACCUAAUCCUCGUUCUUUGCAAUGAAAGCAAACAUGUUUCUGGUUUGUCCAGUUCUACGUUGCUAUUAAGUCAUAAGGAGAUUCCCCAAGAGGCUUAAUAGCGUUUUCAUAUAUCCGGGAAUAUACUAAAAUUACACCUAUUGUUCUCAAAAGACAACAAAAUAUAUUCGAUAUUCCUUAGAUUUAGAAACAAAGCCAGCAGAUAACCAUAAAAUUUAAAUGUAAAUAGCCUCUUAAAAAACCACAAAAUGCUAGGCAAUCGCAGAUUUGAUUAAAAACCUGGUUUCAAAAAAAAGGUAGUUAUGCCAAAGUACGAAUUUGGGUAUUAUUUCGGCAAUUAAGUUUAUAGCACAGCUUCCAAAAAUUGCAAAUCCAUUUUUUUUAACAUAACAAUAAGUAAGGCCCACUUUCAUUUCACCUUGUCUCCUUUAAAUUCAAUAAAAUUGUCAGAAAAUCGCAACGUCACAGCCAAUUAAGCAGUCAACGGUCUCAAGACCUUUAUUGCAAUCCAAUUUAUGACUUUAUACACCCAUGAAAAUGUGCUAGCAAAAUGUUAUACAAAUCUGAGACCAUUGCGAUUGAGGAAGGAAUGGAAUCGUGAAUGUCAUAAAUACGUACGAAUAUAUCGUGCAAAGUGAUAAAUAAACGCGUCUAGCAAACAUUUAUUUGCCAUUAAAAGUCGAGCUUAUUAAUUAUACGGAUCGAGGAUGGAGAAAAACAAAAUAAAAAUCAAAAAAACCAAAAACAACAAAACAAAAAUCAAAUGAAAACACCAAGAUCGUGCAACUGGCAAUGUGAAUUUAUGUCUGUCGUCAGGCGAGUCUCUCUCUAUACCCUCUAUAUACCCUAUACGGAUAUACAAUAUACACCCAUAUGGCGAAUUGGAUGUCCGAAUUUGCAUUUCUGUUGGCUCUUUCCACUGCCUCAUCGGGGUUUCUCUUGUGAAUGGACCAAAGUGUCGUGUGUGCAUUAUAUACAUCCGAUAUAUAUAUAUAUAUAUGUAUACCGAAUAUAUAUAAAUCGAAAUCGGGUUAAUGUCCAAAAACUUGUUAUGCGCAAAGCGAGAGCAGGGCGAAAAUGGCCAGUGAGGCAAAGCCAUCGAAAGGCGAUGAGAUCCCCAAGAAUCAGGCCAUUAAUUUGGCGAAAGAGGAGCGCUCCUCCUGCAGGCUCAGGAUAUAAAAGAAUGCUGCCAAUCGUUGCGAAAACGCAUUAAGCCAUCGUCUGCAGGAGGAAUCGCAUUUCGGAUUUCGGAUUUCGGAUACGCACUUUCCAGUCAUGUGGAGCAAGUCAAGUGUUGUCAUCUUGGCAAUGGCGCUGCUAGCUUCAACUGGCGCCCAACCCGUCAGCCAAAUGGAAAUGGAACCAAUGCUCACCACAGUAGCUACCAGUAGCAGACCCAAGCUGGUCAUCGAGGAGUUGGAACCGAUGCGGAUUCACUUCGUCACCGAGCAUCGACCCACAUCGCUGGGCCAGAACUACUACCUGAAGCCGGGUGAGGUGGUGGGCAGUGUUGCCCUGGACUCGGGCCACCUGCUGGUGCGCCACGACCAGGACGACGGCAAGCCGGUGGCCAGCAAGCACAACAUCCUGUUCGUGGCCUACGCCAAGGAUCUGGCCCAAAAGUCCAGACAGCGCGAGUAAUCACAUCACAUUAUCUUAGGGGGAUUUUUGACAAUAAAAUAAGUAGUAUUACUAAGUGGUAUUAUCUACCUAAGAUACAGAAUUCACAUUUCUUGACUGUAGAGUUUAAGCGCAUUAUUACUUAACGUAUAACACAAUCUGUACGAUAUCUCGAAAUUAAACCCACAAUAUAUGUUUGUAAUGAGCAAAUUUAAAUUGAGGUAUGUUUCAAAAUGCCUUGACCUUCACAAGU